GUCACGGAUGGGCGUGUCCAGGACAGGUGGAGGUGCCGGUGUGAGGACAGGUGAGCUCUGAGGGGUCCUCUCACCUGCGGAAGUAAAACAGCAGGAGAGAAUCUACAGACCAGUCACCUUCGGCAGAUCCGUGACCUUUGGCUGGAGACCAAGAUGGCGUCAGCGCUGACCCCGGGGGUCGUCCGGUUUGCGGAGACGCUGCGGGGCCUGAAGUCCACGCCCGUUGCCGUGGCGUACCUCUGUCUCGUGCCGCUGUCCAUCGGCUGGCAGAGAAGCACCAAGCCAAGGUCGCUCCGCAAGACCCUGGUGGUGUAUAACCUGCUGUGCAGCGCCCUCAGCCUGUACAGUUUCGCGGCGUUUGCGUACGGCGUGUCCGUCAGCCCGUCCUGGUUUCACAAGGGCGAGGUCAACGCCCUCAAGCACGUCUUCCUGCUCUACUGGGUCACCAAGAACCUGGAACUCUGGGAUACCAUCUUCAUGGUAUUACGGCACAGACGGAGACAGAUGUCGUUCCUCCACGUGUACCACCACGCCUCCAUCCUCCUCCUGUCGGACUUCUGCUACCACCACUACCCCUGGGCGGCCAUGGCCGUCCCCCUCGGGCUCAACUCCCUCGUGCACGUCUUUCUCUACCUCUACUACGGGCUGUCCGCCGCCUUCCCCGACAAGCCGUUACCGUGGAAACGCAGGGUCACAGAGCUACAGAUCGUGCAAUUUUUUAUCGGCCUGGUGCACAGCACCCUGGGAUACCUGUACCAUGGGUUCUGUAUCUACGGGAUCGCGUACGGACUCAGCAUGGUCGCUCUCUUCAGCAACUUCUAUUACAGGGCCUACCUGCAGAAACGGCCUGUCAAUCACGACAAGAAGACAAGCUGAUUGGUCGGUGCCAUGGUAACGGGACGGACCACUGGUGUCCUGCAGAGGGGUGCAGACAUGUAUGCAUCUCCAGCUUACAGCAAGCAAAACUCUGUCGUAUCAAUCAAAGUCUGGAACAUUACCAAGUCUGUUGCAAAAUUAACGGUUGGAGCAACAUUUUAUAUUCCACAUGCGUAUGCAACUUGUUUAAAAUGGUCAAAUAAACUUUCCACCUUUCUUGCCUCUCUAGCUUUUUGCAGGUGAGUUUGGAACAAAUCUGUCAGUCUUCAGUCUUCCAAAACAUCAAAACACAAUCAGUUAAUAGAAUUUUCAUCUAUAGCAGUGACUUCUUUUUUAAAGGUAUAAACAUGUACCUCCAAAAAAAAGUCACUGUUACUAACUUAGAUGAACACUCUAUUAACUGUGUUCAUACGUGACCAUUAAACGAAUGUCUUCAACAAAAAACCCAUCAGUAUUACAUAACAAGGCUUCAGCAUGGGUUGUGAAGCAGCCGUCUUCUUGUCAUUCCUAUAAGAUAAACAUUAGUCUCUUCUCUGAUCAUGUGUGACACUCGACAAUUCUUACAGCUUAACUUGAAAGUUCAUC